UCUUCCUUCUUAGUUUUUAAAGAAAGGAACUGCAACUGUUUGUUGCAGUUUAGAAACAGGGAAAUCUAAAUGUAAGCCCUGGUAUCUGCUGAGGACCGUCUUGCCCCAUCAUCCCGAGGCAGAGAGGCAGGAGAGCAGAAUUUUGGUUUUGAUGUAGUGUAGCAGUGGGCCACUGCACAGUCAAAAGCCCAUUGUUUCUUCCCCUGGGCAAGAGGAGGCUGCGGUUCUGAUUCAUGGCUGUAAACAACCCUGGAGAGAGCAGACAAACAGGCUUCAGGGCCUGGUGAGUCACUUCUGGGGGCCGGGCCUCCCUCUUUUUGGGUUAUUCUUAUUCUGACUAGGCAUAGGUGGCUGCUGCAGGCCACUGUAGCCUGGGACUGCCACCUCGUGGCCACGUUCUGACUUCACAUAGCCCCACAGCUUGUCAGAGUAGGUGGGAAUGAAUGGGAAUUUGCUAUGAACUGGCUGGUCAAGCAGGGCCUAGGUUCUUGCUCACUAAGGCAGCCUUCGAGAGGUUUGCCAAACUAGGACUCAGUUGGCAUCCUCUGUGAGCCAGCAUGGCUGUCACUGUCUAGGCACAGAACCCAGGCUCUCUGUGGCUGUCAACCUGCCUCAAGAGAUUCCAUACUUCUCGGGCCUCUUCCAGUCUCAGGGUCACAGACAUUGGCUCACUCUCGCUAAUGGUUGCCUGAGGUCUGGGCACUGGGCCACCACUCACACUCCAGCCAGGGUUAAACAUUAGUGGGAGGUUAUCGGGUUUGGAAAGGGGGUGGGGAAUCUCACUUGCAACAGUCUCCAGCGGGCCUGCUCGGAGUACCAGUUCCCACAGGAGCCCAGAAAAUGCCCGUGGAAGAGUUUGUAGCUGGCUGGAUCUCUGGAGCUGUGGGCCUGGUCCUGGGGCACCCAUUCGACACUGUAAAGGUGCGGUUACAGACCCAAAGCACGUACCAGGGCAUUGUGGACUGCGUAGUCAAGACUUACCGCCAUGAGUCAGUCCUGGGUUUCUUCAAAGGAAUGAGUUUCCCCAUCGCCAGUGUAGCCCUGGUCAACUCCGUCCUGUUCGGAGUGUACAGCAACACGCUGCUGGCACUAACAGCCACCUCCCAUCAGGAGCGACGGGCCCAGCCACCCAGCUACACAAACAUCUUUAUAGCAGGUUGUACUGGGGGCCUCCUGCAGGCCUACUGCCUGGCUCCUUUUGACCUCAUCAAAGUCCGUCUACAAAACCAGACAGAGCCAAGGAUGCAGAUAGCGAGUUCUAUGCCCCGGUACCGGGGGCCUGUGCACUGUGCAUCCUCCAUCUUGAGAGAAGAAGGACCCCAGGGACUGUUCAGAGGAUCCUGGGCCCUGGUGUUGAGAGACACUCCUACGUUAGGAAUAUACUUUGUCACCUAUGAAGGGCUAUGUCGCCAGUACACACCAGAAGGCCAGAAUCCCAGUUCAGCCACAGUUCUGGUGGCAGGGGGCUUUGCAGGCAUAGCCUCCUGGAUCACAGCCACUCCUUUUGAUGUGAUCAAGUCCCGGAUGCAGAUGGAUGGGCUGAAGGGAAGAAAGUACGGAGGGAUGCUGGACUGUAUGGCAAGCAGCUUCCGGCAGGAGGGAAUAGGGGUCUUUUUCAAGGGCAUGACACUCAACAGCGCCCGUGCCUUUCCCGUCAAUGCUGCCACCUUCCUUAGCUAUGAAUACCUGCUACGCCUGUGGAGAUGAGCCUGGCCAGGCGAUACUAGCAACUCCACAGCAGAAUCAUGGCUGAUAGCAGCUUGAAAAACCAAGCUAAAGCACCCAGCUUUCCGGGGCAAAAGCACGAGGCACCUUUUAUCAUCCAGAGAGUUAAGGAGCCAAUGUGCAAGAAACCAAUGAACAAGAAACCCUGUGCAGACUCCAAGACACACCCCACCUCCAGCCCACCUCACCAGACGCUUCUGUCCAGGAAGCAGGGGCACAAAGUCCAUAAAAAUCACCAAGGCCACCAUGCCAUAGCCACCCCUCUGAAGGAGCACUCAGAGACCAGCCACUGUGCAGACAUCACCCAGCCCUUGAGUUCAAACCACUACCUGAACAGGAGGAUGCCUUCUGUCUUCUUCAUGUCUAGAAUCCUUCAGGGGUUUCCAUUACCUACAGAGAAGCCUAGGUCCCAGGCUCCUGGCUGGCCUGACCCACCAGGUGGCCUUCUCUUGGUUACGUCCUGGUAUAGGCCCUCAAGUCCCAGGAAUGCCAUGGGUGGUGUCAUUGUCCUCCAGUGGCCCACUCUCCUCAAGUUCCAGGCAGAGCUCUUCAUUUAGGGGUCCUUCCAGCCCCAUCUGUGCUGACUGUGGGGUACCCAAGCACCCCAGCCCUCCUGCCUACCUCAGUCAUACCUCUGUGUACAGUGCUUCAUGGUUAGUUUUGUUUUGUUUUUCCUCCUUUGAGUAGUUAGUUUGUGCCAGUCUUGUGGUCAAGGCUGUACUUCUGUCUGUCUCUUGAACAGAUACAUGCAAUAAAGUUUCAUUUGAUGCAGUA